AUGUCCGGCGCUGUGGGCCGAGAGGCAGUAUUCCCAACUCGCCAAUCAUUGGGGUUAAUGAAGAACAAGCUGAAGGGGGCGGAGAUUGGCCACAGUCUACUAAAGAGAAAGAGUGAAGCUCUAACAAAACGUUUCCGAGACAUCACACGCCGCAUCGAUGAAGCCAAACAAAAGAUGGGUCGGGUCAUGCAGAUUGCUGCCUUCUCGUUGGCCGAAGUGAGCUAUGCAGUAGGCGGAGAUAUUGGCUACCAGAUCCAGGAAUCCGCCAAGCAGGCUCGUUUCCGUGUGCGAGCCAAGCAAGAGAACGUCUCCGGUGUCCUUCUGCCUGCAUUUGAAAGCUACACGCAAGAUGGCGUCAAUGACUUUGGUUUGACAGGUCUAGGAAAGGGAGGACAGCAGAUUCAACGUUGUCGGGAGACAUACGCACGGGCCGUGGAGACAUUGGUGGAACUGGCGAGCUUACAGACUGCUUUCCUGAUUCUGGAUGAGGUGAUCAAGGUUGUCAACCGAAGAGUAAAUGCGAUUGAGCAUGUUAUCAUUCCUCGAACUGAGAACACCAUCAAUUACAUCAACUCUGAACUGGAUGAGCUCGACCGAGAGGAAUUUUACCGCCUGAAGAAGGUUUCAGGCAAAAAGCAGAGAGACGUUGCCGCCGCGGACGCCGAGAUUCUGGCGGCCCGGCAAAAGGCCGCAGAAGAGCAAGCAGUAGACCCUAAGGUACCUGUUGCUACUGCUGUCUUCGUCAAAGAGGAAGAGACGGCAGAUGUGCUGGGCGAACAGGAAGACAACGAUGUUAUUUUCUAG